AUGAAUACGGGUAAUGGCUCACCGCCUGCUUCGGUAGUGCACGUCAAUGAUUUACUACCCCGCUUGAACAAGCCCGACGAUCAGGUGGGUGGUUCGGUCGGUUUUGUGUCUCUCAUUGGAAAUGUGGUACCCGAUGCUACCGCGAUCGGCGCUGCCAGUACGACGGUACCAAACACGACACCCGAAUCGGUCCAUGUUUCACCAGGCGCUGGCUCAACUGCUGGGACGGAUGUCAACGCUAGCGUGGCCAUACUGAACCGUCUACUAUCCGCCCAUAUGGGUUCGAGUGGUAGUGGAAACUCCAGAAAUAGUAGCAGUACAAAUUCCAGCUACAAAAAAUGUCCCUAUCAUCGGCACUGUUCCAGCCACCCGUACCAUCUGCAUCGGCAUUUACAACAUCAGCAGCAGCAACCGGCUCCCGGAAGUUCGUUUUUAGCAGGAUUGAAUCGAUACAGGAACGAUGGUAGCGGUGCGUGUAGUAGCGGCGGCUCGGUAACUGCUUCCUAUCCGUUGCGGGAUGCCAUCUCGACGAACGUUACGCCGCCACCGUUAAACGCUGUUAUUCUCGUCGAUCGGUACCUGUUGAUGGAACCGGUCGAGGGAAACAAUUUGUACAGAUGCUACGAUAUCAAGUCGCACGAAGAGCUGGUGUGCAAGAUUGCAAAUAAUCCGUGCUCCAAUCUGCUGACGGCGCACUUUCGGUUGGACGGACACCAACACGUCAACUCGCUGCACAAAGUCAUACAGGGCAAUAAUCAAACGUAUCUGCUGUACAGUCCAUCAGAGGGUGAUCUACAUUCAUACGUGCGGGUGCGCAAACGACUGCGUGAACCGGAAGCGCGGCGAUUGUGUCGGCAAAUGUGCGAAGUAGUCAAGAGCUGUCACGAGCAAGGCAUUGUCUUGCGUGAUCUCAAGUUGCGGAAGUUUGUAUUUGCGGACCGUGAAAGGACGCAAUUAAAACUGGAAUCGCUGGAAGAUGCGGUCGUACUCGACGAUCCGGCCGAGGAUCUGCUGCAGGACAAACGGGGCUGUCCCGCCUACGUGUCGCCGGAAAUCCUGCGUGUCAAUACGACGUACUCGGGCAAAGCAGCCGACAUGUGGUCGCUAGGCGUUAUACUCUACACGAUGCUGGUUGGAAGGUAUCCGUUUAACGAUUCUGAGCAUGCGUCUCUGUUUGCAAAAAUUAGCCGCGGACAGUUCACUGUACCGGAGUGUCUCUCGUCAAAGGCACGCUGUAUGAUACGUGCCCUACUCCGGAGGGACCCGGAAGAACGUAUUGCCUCGGAGGAUGUUCUGUUUCAUCCAUGGUUGCUGCACGACGACAGCAAAGAUCAUGCUUACGGUUUACACACGGGCAGCCGUGCCAGCAGUGCUGGUACCGCCGUCGAUGAUCACUGCGUGCCGGAGUGGUACGACCCAUCGGACGAGAAUGACAUCGGCAGUUCAUCCUCGCGUCUGCAUUACUCCAACACUGGUGAUGCUUUCGAUAACUAG